AUGCAUUAUACCGAUUUUCCAUCCGAUUCGCUUAUCACUAUGGACGAAGAGGGAUGUGGACCAAAUACACUUCGAGAUCAUUUUAUGGGAAUGAUCAAACAGGCAGACUAUAUGCGCAAUGGAUCAAUUUCUCGUGUGAUGACAUUGAGUACCCAAGAUCAAACACAACUCUGGGAUAGUAUUGGUGUUGGUCACCAUGAUUUGUUUUGGCAGGUUAAUUCGGGACUUGUGUCGGAUACUUUGCCAAAACAUAUCCCAGUGCGGAUAUACAUGCUUUCAAAUGCCAUAUCGGGGAUACGAGCAUUCACUGUAUUGCAAGAUUUGUAUUCACCGUAUUUACCAGAUGGACAGACAGAAAUGACAGCAGGAGAUAUGGGAUUGAUGGGAACAUUGAUACUGCAUGGUGUGGUUGUACCACCAGAUAUGGGUUUACUAUGGUUGUCUAGACACGCAUCAUAUUCCGACGGAUUUUUGCAUUUUGUGUUCUAUACCGACUGA